AUGUGCGUGGAUACCAACGUGUGCGAGUGCGAUGAGGGGUGGGCAGGAAGAUCCUGUGACCAAGAUCUAGAUGAGUGCUGGUAUGGAAGAGACAAGUGCGACCAUGUAAACGGCGGCUGUAUCAACACACAGGGGUCCUACAACUGCACUUGUAACGCCGGUCUACAACUCUACAACGGGACUUUUUGUAGCGCUAUCCCUGACACUGAUGAAUGUGCCAAAGACAACGGCGGUUGCGAGCAGAAUUGCCACAACACCCAUGGGUCAUUCGUCUGCAGCUGUGACACGGGCUACAAUCUCACGGCAGAUAACCGGACCUGUGUCGAUAUUGACGAGUGUAUCACAAAUAACGGCGGUUGUGACUACGAUUGUACCAACACCGUCGGAGGAAGGACAUGUAGUUGUGAAGAGAAUUUUCGUGUGGUGGCAGAAACUAUAUGCCGAGAUAAAGACAUGUACCCAUACGGAAAAGAAGUGCAUGAGCAGCCCCGGCGGUGGGACUUUUCUGUGUGCCAGAGAGAGGAGCUUCCAAUGGAGGGCUUCAGAUUCUUCGGACGGAGACAUCACAACAUUUACAUCUGUGAUAAUGGAAUAGCCGGCUUCGAUGAGAUUGUCCGACCAGGAUAUCCUUCAUCACUUGACGAUGACGUAUUCAGCCAAAAAGCAGUUCUUGCUCCUUUCUUGGCUAAAUCCAGCGCAACUGUCCUGGACAGCCUACCGGAGGACCAGAGAACCCAUAUCUUCUACAGCUUCUACCAGAGAAAUGACGGACAUCCGGCAACUGACCUGAUCCUUAACAGAACCAGAGAUGAUGGUAGAUCUACCCCUGGGUUUUAUGCCCCAACUUACGAACCAGUGUGGGCUCUAGUUGUUACGUGGACCAGAAUUGCCCCCGACUGCAGCGACUAUGGCAACGGGCUGUGUCCUCUGCCACACGACCAACUUCCAGUGAACAAUUUCCAGUUAGUCAUCUCCACAGAUGGAACCCUGUCUUUCGCCAGUUUUAUUUAUCCAGAUGCUGGACAGCAGUGGGUCAGCCCAGAUGAAGCUAAAGCUGGAGGUAUUGACCGCCCGAAUAAGAACUUCAUCGCUGUCGGUGGCUACAGCGCUGGGGACAACACAACCACUGAAGGUUUGGUGUACAAACCUCCUUGGGUGAGCAGUGGUACCGGUGUAGAUUUCUCGGGAAAGGACCGGCUAAUCAGCCCUCCCGGUUGGCCUUUCAAUGUGUCCAUGAGAAAUCUGCACAGGGUUAACGAAGGUGAAGGAAAGUGGCAGUUUGCGCUGCAGGAAGAAAGUGACCCUUCCCCCCAGCCAGGUGUAGUGAGCUGUUCCCAGUGGCUGAGGCGCCAGGAAGUAGAGGACCCAAGGCUGCUGUUUGGGUACGACGAGCUCCCAUCGGUCGGGUCCUGUCCCUGUUUUGCCGAACAGGCUUGGCAUGACGCGACGUACAACCUUCCAAGCUCCAUUUCGUCGAGACCGACGUGUGCGACCAGCCGACGCCGAGUCCACGCUUUUAAUAACAAGGCUGAGGAUGAAGCUGCCUUCCAAAGCUGCUGUAUGGAUGCAGAGACAGAGCGGAAUGGCUGGUACUGUGACAGGUUUGUGAUGCAUCGCCCGCUCACCUCCCUACCACAAGCAGACUGCACAAAUUACGGCGUUCAUAUUCCAUGGAGAAUGGUUUCGAGGGGUGAUCCCCACCUUACAACAAUGGACGGAAACAACUACUCGUUCAACGGACUCGGAGACUUCCUUCUCGCAGAUGUUAACAACAGGGAAUAUCAAGUACAAUGUAGGAUGUCGCUGGCUACAGGAUCGGACCACGCCACUAUGAUAACCGCCAUGAUUGCAUACCAGCGAGACAAACAGCCUGUGCAGAUCCAGGUGGUGGGAGACUCCAGUCUUGAGCUGUACGUGAACGGCAGCCAGACGGAUCUGUCUGUGUUUGAGGAGGAGGGGUACGAACUGGAGGUGGGAGACAACUCCCUGGUUACUCAGCCGGCAAACAACUCUCUCCUCGUCGUCUUCUUCAGCGGGAUCAGUGUCAAGGCAACGACCAAAAAGGGAAUGCUUUCUGUCGAGUUUUCCUCACCACCAGAGUUCAAGGGCAAGGUACGGGGGCUUGUUGGGAAGUUUGAUGGAGAUGAAUCGAACGACUUUGAGAGCUCAAACGGAACCAUUGUGCCUGUAGACGCAUCAGAAAGACAGCUCUACGAAGAUUUUGGCAUCACCUGGCAGCUUACCAGCGAAGAUGGACCUCUGAAAUCUUUGUUCCCCGACCAUACCCGAGACUCCUUCAGGACACGGUCCACAUUCUACCCCCAUUUCACCGAUGAGAUCACGUUCAGCGACCCGGACCUGGAGACACGGGCUCGCGCCACCUGCAGAAACAACACCGACUGUUUGUUCGACAUCAGUCAGACCGGAGAUAUCGAAUUCGGCAACGUGCUGCUGGAAGCUGAGGAAGAAUUCGACAAUAGCAAGAAAUUACUGAACAUGUUCCCUCCCAUUCUGACCGGACCGUACUCCGUGCACGCCACCGUGGGUGAGACAGUGACUGUGGUGGUCACAGCUGCCGACCCGACGACGCGUUUUCCCAGGUUCGUGCUCGGAUCUGAGGUUCCCGAUGCCGUGCAGCUUAACGUCAGGGAGUCGGAGGCAACCCUGGUCUGGCAGGUGGAGUCUGAUUCUCCGUUUAAGCUUCAACUUGAUGUGUACAACGCAGAGAACACAUCAGCCCAGUACUGGCCGGUGGUCUAUAUGUGCCCCUGUUUGAAUGGCGGCAACUGUAACUCGAGCGUGGAUCCGGACCCAUCCUUCGCUGGCGGCGAGAAGAAGUGA